UAAACUUUUGGGAUUGACUGUAUAGCCAAUACAUCCUUAAAAAGUAAGCAACGACUCUGAAUACCGCCCGAUAAUCGGAUCGGCUUAGAACGGGCUCGUAAGCAAUCUGUGAUUAUAAACUGAAGUUGGCUCACGCACGGAAAAGAAAAUCGCAUGCACUGCGCUAUUUAUUACAGCACAACCUUUGUAAUAAUAAGUUAAGAUAAAUUCAAAUAGAAACGUGAUGGACGGUGGUACAAAGAAUACUGCUGCGAGAGCUGCGCGGAGGAGCAUUCGCACAAGUAAAGUAAAGGAAAACGUGGUUACUCGAAGUUUCGAUGCCAACGUCGAUACUGAUUCGAGGGCGUCGCAACUGAGAAUCGAACACCACACGAGAAUAUUCGCGUCCAUGUGCCCAGACGAGAUUCUCGAGUAUUACGACGAUUACAAUACUAGGAUGUACUACACCACGUUAAUGCUCGGUGAUAUAUCAGGUGCGAUGAAUCAGAAACAGGAAGCAGUAGAAUCUGCGUUAAAAAUUGUUUGAACGAUAAUAUCUGAGCUUCGUACAAUCGACACUUGUGCUUAAAGUCGCGCAAUUUUAUUCGAACGAACCUGAAAGGGACCUCUCAACAAAGGUUUCACGGAUCUUGCCGAGAAAUACACUAAAGCAGGGAAGGGAGGGCCUUCCAAAUUGACGGAAACUCUGAACAGUUACAUCG